UUCUGCAGUCGUCGUGUGAGGGGAAGGGCGCGGUGGAGGCGAGGGCUUGGCAGCCGGUCAUGAAGUGUGUCAUUGCGGGGGCUCAUCUCAGAGUGUUUGGAAGAGCAAUACAUGCCAUAGCACGUAUUAGUGAUGAAUUUUCGUUUGACCCCAUAGAAAAAGGUCUUGCCUUAAGAUCAGUAAAUUCUUCAAGGUCAGCAUAUGCAUAUGUCUUCUUCUCAUCUAUGUUUUUUCAACAUUACUGCUGGACAGCUGUGUCUCAACCAUGUCAGAAGGAAAAACAGUUAUCCCUCCCAUGUAAAUUGAUAAUUAAGUCAGUUCUUCCUGUAUUUAGAUGUGUAAAUGUGCUGGAAAGGAAUGUAGAGAAAUGCAGCAUUUGUACAAAUAUUAAUGAUCAUCACAUAACUUUUCAGCUCCUCUGCAAAUACGGUGUUGUAAAAACAUAUAAUCUGACGUGUCAAGAAUGUGAUCCAUUGCAGGCUGUUUUUGCAAAGCACAUGUGUCCAAACAUACUUAAAGUCCACCCCAGGCUGCUGGCUGAUAUAAUGAUUCACUUUCCGACCAGUCAAGAAGAAGUAACCUUGUCAGUUACUCCAAUGAAAGUUUGUUUCAAGAGUUACACUGAGGAAGACACUGAUUUUUCGAAGACGAUGCUUACUGAAAUACAACUAAAUCCAGAUGAAUUUGACUACUUUCAAGUUGGAGUAGAUUCUGAAGUGACGUUUUGCCUUAAAGAAUUGAGGGGACUACUAGCAUUUUCAGAAGCUACCAGUGUUCCUGUCUCAAUCCAUUUUGACGUAUCUGGAAAACCAAUUGCUUUCAGCAUUGAAGAUAUGGUGCUGGAAGCCAGCUUCAUUUUGGCUACCUUGUCUGACGUUGAAAAGGAGACAGCUUCCCAGCAGCCUCCUGACUUUUCACAGCUGCAGGAGAGCUUGAAGACCGGUAUGGGUAAAUCUGGGACAAAUUCCAUGGAUAAAGACAGCAAUCCAGAAGCAGUUGCUUCCAGAAAGCCACCGUGGGAUGGAAGCGCACCAAACACAGAGCCAGCGAAACCUGUGAGUCUUCUGGCAAAACAAGAGAUCAAAAGUAUUCCCAGAAUCAUGAUGAGAGAGGUGACAGGCAUGGAAGGAACAGCCAUGACUGAGACAGAGGGCCAUGCAGUGCUGGGAGGAGAGGCAAGAGAGUCUCAUUAUCAGAAGUUUCAUUCCUUAUUCUUUGGAGCAGUUUCUUGUAAGGAGCAGGAUGCCAUCAGCCACACCUUCCAUAGUUUAGCAACAGCUAGCGACACCGAAGAGGAUUUUGGCAACGUGCAGAGCUCCCAAGUUCUCUAGUGACGUGAAGUGUUUGAAUCCAAGUAAAGACUAUCAGGGAUUGCCUUGAAAGAUAAAAGUGUGUUUGACGCAGUAAUUGUGGAGCCAUUUCUAGUUUUAGAAAGAAGUUUAAUUGCAGUUCUUCAAGUUAGAACUCGACAGAAACUAUUUGUAUUCUGAGCUUGCGUGGUAAACUGCAGUUCACAAAUACCUAUUCAAGUCUGGAAAGUGGAAAUUCUGCUCAAGUGGUGCCCGUUUCUUUUUUCUGCAAGAGCGAUACACAAAAAGGACAAAACUCACCUCAAUACUGAGUACUUUAUCAGUUCCUGCUCUGUAAGUACAGAUUAAGUGUUUAUUCACUGUUUACGUUAACCACCACCCCGGGUCAUUCUAAAACUGGGAGCUGCUGUCAUCAUGCAAUAUAAAUUUAGGUCAUGAUUGACUAGGUUGAGGUUUGUGUACUAUGUAUUCUAUAGGCAGACUGCUUUGGAUGUUCAACUCUCAGUACAUUCGCACUGGAGAAUUCAAACUGCGUUACCACUUCAGGCAAAUUAAGCUGCUGUUGUAAAGUUACAAGGGCUGGGAAAAUAAACCCAUCCACCCUGCCACAGCCAAACACAUCAUUGCUGUAGAAUAGCCGGUAUUUUCACGGAAAGUGUGUAGAAGUAGCAUUUAACUGAAUAACCAGAGGUGUUGUAAGUCACACUGGAAUAAAAUACCAGAAUUUCCAGUCUUUGGUCAAUUAAAAGAUCGUUAUUCUGUCUGCCAAACUGUUACAGAUGAGUUUUAUGGUGUCACUCUAAUAGACCUUCUCUAAAUGAGAGCCCAAUACCCCAAGUAUUGGUGGCUGUGCAUCUCUGCGCCACCAAUGACAUCACUGCAUUAACACAGUUUGUGCAAUCAACUUUACUUUAAAAAACACAUUUUAGUAUAAAUACUAUAUUUAUUAAAUAUCUUUACAAUUCAUUUAAAUGUAUUUACAGAACUAUUCCUGCAUAAGUUAUACCUCAGACAUGAAAUUCACAUAAUCGCCUCUUAGGUAAGCAUAGAUGAUAGUCUCAUUUUAACAACAAAAAAGCAUCCUCAUUAGAUACAGACUCAGAUUUGCUUCAUUAUUUCAGCUAUCUUUGUAAGAAACUACUUCAUGCAGUCAGUUUCUACACAAUCAACUGAGUUUUCUCCCUGGAGAAAGGAUGUCCAUUACUGAGAGACAGAGAUUCCAUCACAAAAUCCUUCACAUCUCUGCCAGACCUUUGCCUCUCCCUUCUCCCUGACUCAGUCAUAACUGGUCCCAAAAUCUGUUUUUUUGUGUUUUGGUUUUUUUUUUUCAGCCAUACCUUCUUCAUAAACACAAAGAAAGUACAUUUAGAGUAAAACUGUAUGUUGCAGGUCUCCCAAAGAUAGCCGUAAAAGUAGCAAGGAACCACAGAGGUUUUCCAAUUCACCACAUCUUAGCCCUGUAUUACCCAAAUACCUAGUAACGCUGCUGCAGAAAUCCCAGCUCCUGCCAGUCCUGUGAUGUUACGCAGUUACUGGUGUGUAAAACUCUUCCUUCAGGUGGCUGCUCCCGAUAACACACACACACCCACCCUCUGCAGCAGCUGAAAGCCAACCUGUGCUCCACUCGCACACACUUCCAUUUCACAGCACACCUUUCUUGUAUGCCUCUCAUGAAUAGUCACAAUAAUCUAAUUCCUAGCAAGUGUUACUGCUUCAUGCAUCAUUUAAAAUUAUUUUGAUAGUAUGGGCCCUGUCAUUUCCUUUUCCAAAAAUUGGUUGUGCGCAGACAGCUUAAGUUCAUAGGAAGAAAUUAGGUUUGAUAUGUUGAGUGCACAUCUUUU